CCCAGUUCGAACGCUUCGGUUCGGUCUUACAGGUUUAGUCUUGAACGGCUUGGCAGAUUGUUGUCUUGGUCGAGAGAACUAGGAUCGAGAAAUCCGAAGAUACUAUUGUUAGGAGAAGACACUGGCAACUGUUAUCAGUCAGCGGAACAAAAUCAGCGGGUCGGCGCUAUGUACCACCGGCCGCGUCUCCUCUAGAAAGGACGACGCAUCGUUCGGUGACAAAAAAAAAAAAACGCGUUUUUCUCGCACAAAGAGAGAAGUUACGAGAAAUAGAAUUCAUCACAUAAUCGAACAUUCUGCCGCUUCCGAAAGACCUCGAUGUCCGCAACUAUGAAGAGAAGCCAAUUAUCGCUGCAACUAUCGCUGGUCACUCUCAAAAAAUGGUGGCCGUGGUGGUUACUGCUACCAGGAUGUUUGGCAUCGUGGACGCGAUAUGUUGAGGAAUACGACUCCAUUAGAGUGGCCAGGUGCGAUGCUCGAUGCGGAGAGAAUCAUCCUAAUGAGUGCGUGGAAAAUUGUCUAGCGUCGAAUUAUACAAAACCUGGCAAUUGUCCCGAGAAAACGUCUAUGACACCAUUUGAGGCCGCCUGCUUGAUCGCCUGUGUCGACGAUUCUCAUUGUCCGGAUUUGGCUAAAUGUUGCUCGCACGAUUGCGGCGUCACGUGCAUGCAUCCAAUUGGUUUAGAGAUUCGAAACGAUCUGCCAACUGUGCCUGAGAAUCUUCAAGUACAGCAACAGAAAAGGAACUUGGUGUUUUUGACGUGGCGCAACGGCAGGUCGGGUUUCAGCAACGUGUCUAGCAACACCGAGAAUGUUCGAUAUCUAGUGGAGGAACGUCACUUGGUUGGCCCCAGAUAUCUGGAGUCCAGACUGAGCUCCUGGACCGUGUGUCAUGUGUCGACAAAACCUCAUGCAAAUCUUCGCGGUCGAUUAAAAACAGGACAUUGGUAUCAAUUCCGUGUGGCAGCUGUCAACGGAAAUGGAUCGCGUGGAUAUUCGCAGCCCUCCAGACCCUUUAAAACAAAAGAACCGCGAAAUCCAAAAGAACCUCAGAAUUUGACCUUGUCCAACGCGCGUCUCGUUAGCGGAAAGCUGCGCAUUAACUUGCGAUGGAUCAAACCGACGUCGGACGUGCCGAUAUCGUUCUACAAGGUGUUCUGGAGCAGACUCAUCCAUGGACCAGCGAACGACUCCAUCCUAGUCUAUCACAAGACGAUUCCAAAAGAUAAGACGUGCUACGAGCUGAAGAACCUCGAGCUCAAGUGUCAGUACUUCCUGCAGGUACAGGCGGUGGCGGUGUACGGCGGUCGUCGUCUGACGUCGCGCAAAGCGUCCAAAGUCUUCAACAGCACCGAUUACAUGGCAUACGCCGACGUCGGGAGACGUUCCCGCAGGUGCGAGCGAAUUCAGACCGGUCUUCACGUGCGCCGCAUGAGCUGUCACCGUGGCGAGGUCAGGGUACGUCUGGUCUGGCCGGCGAGCGGCGACGCUGCGAUGUACAACGUCACGUGGCGAGAAGAAUCCUGCUCGCAUGAAAAAGAAUCGGAACAGAAAUCUGCCGUCUGGCAAACGGUUCAAACUACGCUGUGUGAUCUACGACAACUUCGGAACGAUUGCACGUACAGCGCAAAUGUGCGAAACAUACUGAAGAACGGCGAAAAUGAAGGUCACGGUACCAGUAUAGAGUUUUUUGCUACAGGAUGUGAUCAGAAACAGCAGAAGCACUCGCGGCGGAAGGCAGCGAGAUGUAAGAAAAUAACAUAACGAAAGUUGUCUAGAUCCAGGAGACACUUUUCCAGUCCGUUUGUGGCGUAAAUGUGCUAUUAGUAAAAAAAGGAGAAGAAAAAAACAAAACGUUCGUACAAAGAAACAACCACCUUAUAGAAGUUAGAACAUGGUGACAUUCUAGCUUAACUUAUAAAUAAAACUAUUUUUGUUACACAGCUCUUGUGAAAUAUUAUCGUAGUAACUUAUAAUUUUUAAUUAUAUUGCCUAAUUCGAGUGACUAUAUAUGUGAAGGAAUUAUACCGCCUUUGCUUGCUCAUUGUAUUUGAUCGCUCUUUGACAUUCCACAAAUUAUGUUAAUAAUAUUGCAUCUUAAUUUGUACUUUGAUAUAGUUACUAGAUUUUAAUCGAAAUAGUUGGCCACAAAUUUAUUAAUUGUUUGGCUUGCAAAAUAAACAUUUUAUUUAAGAA